CAAUACGCACUCUAGGGGAAGAAUGAGCACCCUCCGCCCAGGCCGGCCUUCCGCCCCUCCCAGUCGCCCACAAGCACCGCCUCUUUGUUGCUAUUUAUGUUGUCUUUACCUUUCUCUUCCAUUCCAGGCCGUCACCGAAACUGCUUCUACUCCGGUGAAGGAAGUCUCAAAGUCUAGGUGGAGCUCGCUCGUUUAGUACUUGAAAGUGUCCCUGAAGGGUGAAACUAGGAGACAACUACCUUAUCUUGGUUUAUAAAGGAAGCACCUGAGCAUGAUGUCCUACAUUAAGCAGCCUCAUUAUGCAAUGAACGGGUUAACUCUAACUGCUCCGGGGAUGGACUUACUUCAUUCAGCUGUGGCUUAUCCAACUACACCACGUAAGCAACGGCGUGAACGGACAACUUUUACACGUGCACAGCUUGACAUUCUAGAAGCACUUUUUGCCAAGACUCGUUAUCCUGAUAUUUUCAUGAGAGAGGAGGUUGCUCUGAAAAUUAAUCUUCCAGAGUCUAGAGUACAGGUCUGGUUCAAGAACCGAAGAGCUAAAUGCCGUCAGCAGCAACAGCAAAGCAAUGGACAGACCAAGCCACGGCCAACCAAAAAGAAAAGUUCGCCUGCCAGAGAGACAAAUUCAGAGACUAGCACCAAUGGUCAGUACAGUCCUCCAUCUGUAGGCACAUCAGUGACUCCUAGCUCUUCUACAAGUGCCACUGUUUCUAUAUGGAGUCCUGCUUCAAUAUCUCCAAUUCCUGACCCCCUGUCUUCUACAAAUCCUUGUAUGCAAAGAUCAGCAGCCUACCCAAUGACCUACAGCCAAGCCCCUGGUUACAGCCAGAGCUAUGGAGGGUCCACAUCAUUCUUCAGUGGCCUAGAUUGCAGUUCCUACCUCUCCCCAAUGCAUUCUCAGUUAUCUGCUCCUGGUGCUGCCCUUAGCCCUAUCUCUACCCCAACAAUGGGCAGCCAUCUCAGCCAAUCUCCAGCCUCUCUGUCCACACAAGGGUACAGCACAGCAGGUCUGGGAUUCAGCCCUGUAGAUUGCCUAGACUAUAAGGACCAAACUGGUUCUUGGAAACUCAAUUUCAGUGCAGCUGACUGUUUGGAUUACAAAGAUCAAAACUCUUGGAAGUUUCAAGUUUUGUAGAGGUGAACUGAGGAUAUGAAUGGAUGGUUCACACCCUGAUGUUCAGACUCCUAAGACUGUUUGGAAAUUACAACUUUCAUUUCUAAAGUGGAGUGAAGGAGUUUCAGCUACUAUGUACAAUGGUUAUCAGAGAACAUGUCUGAGUGACUCCUAAAUAUACCUUGAAUGUCCCCAUGAAGAAUGGAUACCGUUUUCUACAAAGCUUGGGGUGAAUAAGUAUAUGUGCAAGUCAAACUUCUUCCCACUAAGAACAAAUUGUGUUCAUAAAACAGCCAACCACUUUUAGUAUUAUUAACUUUUUUUAUUACUUAUUUAACCUUAGAUUCCACUCUGUUCUACAGAUCUAGCAACAAAACAAAUAAUUCCAGUAAUUUCUGUUACAGCUCAGACUAAGUAAGUUACAUAAUGUACUCCUAGUGUUUGUAGUGUCUGUCUCUGAAAAUAUGUCAGGGUCUAGCCCUUGAUUAGACAAAUUUUUAAUCAUCAAUCUCCUGACAUAGUUUGACAUUGGAGUUCUUGCUGAAGUUUCAUGGUUUUGUAUCUUAAAAAGAAAAAAACAAUAAAUGACUGCACAGAAUCAGUUAA